AUGAAGCACCAGAGUUCUAUUUGGGCAGUCCUCCUACUCAUAUUGCUCAUCGCCGGCUUUUUCAGCUCAAACGGCGACGUUUCGAGCUCGGAGAGCAGGGAGUUGCAGAUUCUGGGUGAUUAUAACGUUUUGAACUCAGAGUGCAAGGCGUUGCAGCUUCUGGUUUUGCAUCAGAAACCGAACGGCGACGUCUUGAACUGGGAGAGAAGGGAGUUGCAGCCUCUGGGUUCGCAUCAGGAUCAGCUCGAAGUCUUCUCUCGCUCUCCCAGCCGAAGACUUCAUUCCCAUACACCUGAGCCGACUGCAUUAGUUGCUGCACUGGAUGGGAGAAUACAUUUGGUGGAGAGCAAUUCGAUGAGAGUACUAUGGUCGCUUUCUUCAGGGCCGCCACUUUACACCUCUUAUCAGGCUCAAGACAGUACUUCUGGUUCAAAAAAUAGUCGCUACUUCAUCGAUUGUGGUGAUGACUGGAACUUGUAUCUGCACAGAGGGCACUUUGGUCGAGAGAAACUUCCGUACACUAUUGAUGAAUAUGUCGGUAGUACACCUCACUCAGAGGAUGAUGGAUCAAUUACAGUUGGGUCUAAGAAGAACACUGUCUUUGAGGUUGAUCUUUUGACAGGGGAGCUGAUUCGCCCAUACGCUCUACCCAAUUCUCCAUCCACUUUGAAGAGUAAUGAAAAGCAGAGAGUUUUGUCCAAUAAUAAUAUUAGAUAUAAUAAGGAGUUGGUCAAGCCUGGUUCGAUAAACCAAAAUGCUGCUCAGCAGCGACUACUUAUCUCCAGGAUAGAUUAUUCCUUGCAGUCGUUUGUUCCGUAUUCAGACCAGGUCUCAUGGAAUAUGACAGUUGGUGAAAUUUGGGCUGCUUUACUUUGUCCUGAUAAUGAGAAUCCACUUGGUGGUGCCCCUUUGAAUUCAAAAAAUGUGCUUGGUUCUGAAACUGGCAGUGACAUUGCACCACCAUUAUCAUGUCAAUCAAAAAAGCUUAUCUUCCCCCAGAGAAAUCAUACGCUGUUAGAAUUAGUUGGACCUGGAAGAAAAUUAAAGGAUCAAGAGACAGACACCAUGGUUCAAAAGCCUGCUUCAAGUCCAAUGCUUCCUUCAAAGCCUGAGGUUGACAAUAAAUUUUUUGAUGGAUCAACAGCAUUGACUCUCACUUUUUUGUUUGUCAUGCUCAUGGGCUUUGUUGUGUACCACUGUGCUUCUGUGGUUAAAGGGCAAGUUUGGUUGCAUGAUCAACGCAACAAUUCUGAUUCAAAAACUACACCUUCCAAGAGGAAGAAGAGUCGUAAAUCAGAAAAGAAUAGUGGCAUUAUAUCAUCUCAAGAUGAAGAAGCUUUAACACACACUGAAAGUGAUAACAAGACACGCUUGUUCCUUAAUAAACUCUUUGAUGGUGGUACUAAUGGUCGCAGGAUUGGUAAACUACUUAUAUCAAAUAAAGAAAUUUCUAAGGGUAGCAACGGUACGAUUGUCCUAGAGGGAGUUUAUGAAGGUCGACCUGUUGCUGUAAAACGCCUUGUAUUAGCUCAUCAUGAUGUGGCUUUUAAAGAAAUUCAGAAUCUUAUUGCGUCUGACCGACAUCCAAACAUAGUACGAUGGUAUGGAGUCGAAUAUGAUCAAGAUUUUGUCUAUAUCGCUCUGGAGCGUUGUAUUUGCAACUUGGAUGAUUUGAUACAAAUUUGCUCAGAUUCCUCUAAAAAUCCAGUAGUGGGAGAGGAAGAUGCAAAACGAGUUCUGAUUGGAAAUGAAGUUCACUUGGAGUCAGUGAAGAAUAUUAUGUCAGAUGUUAAUUUGUGGAAAACAGAUGGCUUCCCGUCACCUCUAUUAUUGAGAUUGCUGAGGGAUGUGGUUUCUGGGCUUGUGCAUUUGCAUGAAUUGGGAAUCAUUCAUCGCGACUUAAAGCCUCAAAAUGUUUUGUUGAUUAAGCAAAGAUCCUUGUGUGCAAAGCUUUCUGAUAUGGGCAUUAGCAAGCGCCUUAUUGGGGACAUGUCUUCUUUGGGUUCUGGCAGUUCUGGUUGGCAAGCGCCUGAACAGCUUCUUCAUGGGCGGCAAACACUUGCAGUGGAUUUGUUUAGUUUAGGUUGUGUAAUAUUCUUUUGCAUCACUGGUGGCAGACAUCCAUUUGGGGAUCACCUUGAACGUGACAUAAAUAUUGUGAAGAACAAAGUGGAUCUCUUCUUGGUGGAGUAUAUUCCUGAAGCCGUGGAUCUUAUUUCUUGUUUGUUAAACCGUGACCCAGAGUUGAGGCCAAAGGCAUUGGAGGUGCUGUAUCAUCCUCUUUUCUGGAGCUCAGAGACGAGACUUUCAUUUCUUCGUGACACUAGUGACAGGGUAGAACUUGAAGAUAGAGAGGCUAACUCUGGUCUUUUGAAAGCCCUAGAAAGUAUUGCACCCAUAGCUUUGGGUGGGAAAUGGGAUGAAAAGAUGGAACCUGCAUUUCUGACUAACAUUGGUCAUUACAGGCGUUAUAAGUUUGACAGUGUUCGAGACUUAUUGCGAGUCAUUCGAAACAAAUCGAAUCACUUUAGAGAACUUCCAACCCAAAUUCAGAAACUUGUCGGACCAGUUCCCGAAGGAUUUGAUUCCUACUUUGCAAGUCGGUUCCCGAGACUUCUGAUUGAAGUAUACAAAGUUGUGUGCACACAUUGUAGAGGAGAGGAAUGCUUUGAGAAGUAUUUCAAAAGCAAUGCAGAGGGCCUCUAA